AUGUCCGCCAGGCGCACGGCCCAUACGCCUUGGGGCGCUCCUCAGCGCCUCCGCUGGCGCCCGUCGCCAACUACGCAAACUUCAACUCCAUCGCCUCCGCCUCCUCCUGGACAAGCGUCGCCAGCUCCAUUAACAACCUUACGCUUGUCUGAGUCGAUUCAUCUUCAUCCCGAGCUCAGCCCGCCGUGGCCGUGGAGUCCACACGAAACAGAGCUUAUCUGCGCGGGCUAUCAUCCCGGCUAUAAACCGCCGGCACCGCCAGCGCCCACAUCCAAACCUGAAGCUUCCUCAAAGAAACGCGCACGCAAGCUCGGAAUGGCAGAACCUCGUGCUCGUGCCGCUCGGCACAAGGGCCAGAUGAACUUUUCGUCUGAGCUCCGCCUUCUCCUCCUCGCCUAUGGCGACCCCAGCCCACACCCAUCAUUCCCCUCCGAGCCCCUCCCUGAAACAGUUCGCGUCCUCGACGAAAUUGUGACAGACUUCAUUCUGGAACUCUGCCACGGCGCGGCGCAGGUCGCGCACCACGCGCGCCGACAGAAGAUCAAGGUCGACGACUUCCGGUUCGCGCUGCGCCGCGACCCCAAUAAGCUCGGUCGUGUGCAGGAGCUCCUGCGCAUGGAGCGCGAACUCAAGGAAGCGCGCAAAGCAUUCGACCAGAAUGAUGAUCAGGUUGCUAAGGACGCGGGGAAGAAGGGUCCUGCUCCGGUGGAAGAUGAUGGCGCGGAGAGCGUGGCGGGUACAACAACUGGGAAGAAGGGUAAAGGGAAGGGGAAAAGGGCAGCGGCGCCAAGGAGGGGGUCUGAUGCUACAGAGGAGUCGGUUCCGAAGAAAAGGAAAACUAUCGGGUGA